AUGUCUCAGGAGACACGCAAGCCCGUGACAAUAACUACCUUGCGGAGCAUGUACAGGAAGGGCGAACCAAUUGCCAUGCUCACGGCACAUGAUUUCCCCUCGGCACUUGUCGCUGAUGCAGCUGGAAUGGACGUUGUUCUCGUUGGUGACAGUUUGGCCAUGGUGUCUUUGGGGAUGAAUGAUACAAAUGCGGUUACUCUGGAUGACAUGGUUCUACAUUGUCGCAGUGUGACGAGAGCGGUCAGAUCGGCGUUUGUUGUUGGCGAUCUUCCAAUGGGAUCUUAUGAAGUGACUCCUCAGCAGGCGGUUGAAUCCGCUAUUCGCCUUGUCAAGCAAGCACAUAUUCAAGCGGUCAAACUCGAGGGAGGCGUGGACCUUGCACCUGCCAUCAAGGCGGUGACAUCUGCAGGAAUCCCCGUUGUCGCACAUAUCGGCCUGACACCUCAACGUCAGAAUGCACUGGGAGGGUUCCGUGCUCAGGGCAAGUCCGUCGCGGGCGCGCUCAAGCUCCUAGAGGAUGCCUAUGCUGUACAGGAAGCUGGUGCAUUUAUGGUUGUUCUUGAAGCCAUCCCAGCCGAGAUUGCAGCCAUAAUCACCAAGAAGUUACGCAUCCCCACUAUUGGCAUUGGUGCCGGCCAUGGGUGCUCUGGUCAAGUCCUGGUGCAGGUGGACAUGACGGGUAACUUUGCGCCAGGCCGCCAUCUCCCGAAAUUCGUCAAGAAGUUUGCCAAUGUUUGGGCUGAGGCUAAGCAGGGGAUCGAUCAAUAUCGUGCCGAAGUUAAAAGCAGACAGUACCCUGCAAAGGAGCAUACAUAUGCGAUUGAUGGGGAGCAUGUCGCUGAGUUUCAGAGACUCGUAGAUGAACAUGACUCUAAAUAA